AUGGCUGCUGUACGCACCUUUACGCUGCCGCAUUACGAGGCCUACCCCGUGCAAGUUGCCCUGUUCAAAGACGUCAAGAACGCCGACUUUCUGAGGAGCCAGCUGCUGGCGGCCAAUCCAGCGUUCGACUAUGCAUUUCUCGAUGCUGCCAUGAUCCUCACCCCUCUGCACCUCCUAACCGCCACCUUCCACGCGCUGCACGCCUUCGCAACGCACACGCAAAAAACCCGCACUCCACACAGCGAGCUCGUCUUCCGCCUCUCGCCCAACAACAACAUCGGCGCAUCCUACAAGACCUUCGGCAUCGCUCCCGACACCACGUCGUUGGUCUGCGUCAAGCUGCCGCUUCGCGCCGACGGGAGCGCAGAUGAGCGCGUGACGCGGGACAGCGUGGCGGCGCACUUGGGACAAGUGGUCGAGGGGGAGAGCGUGCAGGUUGGGGAGCUGGGGGAGGGAUUGGGACAGUUUGCGGAAGUGCAUAGGGUGAAGAAGGUGUAUAAGAUUGCGUGUGCAAAGGGGGGGAGCAAGGGGAUGAAAGACGAUAGAGGGGAUUUGGAGAGUGUGGUGCUGGGCGCGAUUGCACUGAAGGGGUCGUGA